CAAAUUGACAAAUGACAACUUCACCAAACUUGCACAUCUGACGUCAUUUCUAUCAAUUUAUUUAACUUAAAACAAAAAAUAUAAUUUUAUAGCAACGUAUCGACACAAAACGAGUGAAAAGUAUUAAAAUCGAUCAAACUUAACAUGGCAGAUCCUAAAUAUGAAAACCUGCCUGGUAUAGCCUACGAUCAACCCGAUGUUUACGAAACUGGCGAUCUACCGGAAGCUGAUCAACCUGAACCAUUCGAGGAAGAUGAGAAUGAAAAUAUUGAACAACUGCAUUUGUCUGUGAAGGAUUCCUUUAACAAGUUUAAAGGAAAAUUUCUUACUGGAAAUGUUGAUUUCUCUGAUAGAUUAAGUAGAAAAACGAGGAUCGGAUACAGAGCUGGUGAAUGGGAACUGGCGGCGGAAGGUGAGCCUGAGACUGCACUGGAACGGUACAACAGACUGCGCUGUGAAUUCUCAGAGCUAUUGGAACAAGUCACAGAGCAGAGAGAUAAAGCCACUGAGAGUGAAAAGGAUGAACACAUCAAGUUGGCAGCACAUAUAAAUUCUACAAAGAAAUUGCUUGAAGAGUUAAAGUUGGAAGAAGGGGAACAGAUCGAUCCUAAAGCUGAAAAACUAAAGGAAUAUUUAGCAACAAAUGCCAAGAAGAAGGCUGGUGAGGUUGUGACAGCUCAGCUUAAACUGAAACCAGAAGUGAAUCUAGCGCAGACCACCCGUAUAGCACAACUAGAAUAUAGAUUACACAAAUUGGAGCAAGCAGCUGGUGUGAGAGAUGAAGAAGCUUUCAGGAAACUUCAAAUUGCAACCGGAGAGGCGACGCUGUGCGGUGCGGCUGCAACGCUAGCGGCACGCGCAGCCCUGCUACGGCCGGCAGAGCUGGCGGCGGCCGACGCGCGCCUUGCCGCGUUACUGGCCAACCUCGACACCCUGCGUGCUGCGCUCAAACCUGCCAAUCCAGAACUUGAGGCUAAGGUGAAUGAGUUGCACAAGCUGCUGCAGCAAGUGGAUGGUGUGUCGCAUGCAGAAAUACUUGAACGGAUUGAGGCACUGGAAGCCCUUCACAACCACGCAAAGAACUUUGGGAAAUCGCUUGCCGAGUUAGAAACCCUACAAAGUACGGUAGCUAGUGGCGUGCACAACAACAAGGAGCUGUUGCAAGGCGUGCAAGAAGUGUUUGCACAUAAUGUAGACAACUUGCACAAGGAAAUACGGAAACUUGAUGAGAGGAUCUCCAAGCUAGCUGCAGCCUGAUGUGUGCUCAUAUGUGCUUGAAUAUAUUUAUAGUUUAAUUAUCUGUGUAGAACAAGUGAAUUUACAUUUAAUAUAUUGAAUAUGAAUAUAUAUCAGAAGUGUAUUUCAAUAAAUGAAAAAAAAACUUUUGCUCUAUGGUGAAAGCUAGGGCAGUUGAAGCCUAUUAUAGGAUAAAUUCACACCCUUUGGUUGAGCAAAAACAAAAGAAACUUUAGAAACAAAACUAAAAUUAGAAACACUUGUUCACAUAGAAAUUAUUGGUUACAAGUGCUUACUUUAUUUAUAAGGAGAUCGAAUGUUUAGAAAUCUUUGAUGACAAAUAUUCUAUUUUUAAUAUUUAUUUAAUAAUUGUAACUCAAUCAGUACUUUUAAUUUGUAUCUUCAUUAUAUCAGUAACUUUAGUAUAUUGUUAGUAAAAAUAUUAUGAUUUGUGUUAAAUUAUUUCGUUGCAUCUUUCAUUUAUUCAAAAUGUAUAUAUUUGUCUGAUAUUGUCAAUAACUUUUAUGAAACCCAAUAUAGUAAUAAUUUAGUGAAAAUUACUAUUUUUAAACACUAAUAUUAUGAUUGAUUAGCAUUCCAAAAACUAUGGUGUUUUUUUUUAUUUUGAAGUUUCUCUAAAACCUUACUUAACUUUCUUAAACUUGUACUAACUGGAUUCAUCAUAAUUGCAUUAGGAAAACAUAUAUGCAGAGUUGCGCACUAUGAAAUAUCCACAAUAAACAAUUAUCUGGC